GGCGGCGAUGGAGUGAGCGCCGCGCAGGGCCAUGGAGGCGGCCGCGCUCUGCCUGCUCCUCUGCCUGCGCGCAGCCGCAGGGUUCGGCGUGGACCCCUCGCUGCAGAUCGACGUGCUGUCCGAGCUGCGGCUGGGCGCGGCGGCGGCGGGCGUGCGCCAGGUGCCCGGGCUGCACAACGGCACCAAAGCCUUCCUCUUCCCAGAUACUUCAAGAAGUGUAAAGGCAUCUCCAGAAACAGCUGAAAUUUUUUUUCAGAAGUUAAGAAAUAAGUAUGAAUUCACAGUGUUGGUGACCUUAAAGCAAGCCCAUUUAAAUUCAGGGGUUAUUCUUUCUAUUCAUCAUUUAGAUCACAGGUACCUGGAACUGGAAAGCAGUGGCCAUCGAAAUGAGAUCAGGUUGCAUUAUCGUUCUGGCAGUCAUCGCUCCCACACGGAAGUGUUCCCCUAUAUUUUGGCAGAUGAUAAGUGGCACAGGCUUUCCAUAGCAAUCAGUGCCUCUCACUUGAUUUUACAUGUGGACUGCAAUAAGAUUUAUGAAAGAGUUGUGGAGAAGCCCUUCAUGGACUUACCUACAGGUACAACCUUUUGGCUGGGACAGAGGAAUAAUGCACAUGGCUAUUUUAAGGGUAUAAUGCAAGAUGUGCAAUUACUUGUCAUGCCUCAAGGAUUUAUUUCUCAAUGCCCAGAUCUUAAUCGCACAUGUCCAACUUGUAAUGACUUCCACGGACUUGUGCAGAAAAUUAUGGAGCUGCAGGACAUUUUAGCCAAAACAUCAGCUAAGCUGUCCCAAGCUGAGCAGAGGAUGAAUAAGCUGGAUCAGUGCUACUGCGAAAGGACCUGCACAAUGAAAGGCCUGACCUACAGAGAAUUUGAAUCAUGGACAGAUGGUUGUAAGAACUGCACUUGCAUGAAUGGUACUGUGCAGUGUGAACCUUUGGUUUGCCCCAUCUCUGAUUGUCCUCUCAAUUCUGCCCUGGCCUAUGUGGAUGGCAAGUGCUGCAAGGAAUGUCAGUCGGUGUGCAUAUUUGAAGGCAGAACCUACUUUGAAGGACAAAGAGAAACUGUGUAUUCAAACUCAGGGGACUGUGUUCUGUUUGAGUGCAAGGGCCACAAAAUGCAGCGUAUUCCAAAGGACAGUUGUCCAACUUUGAAUUGCCCGGAAUCGCAACAGAUCCCCUUAUCUCACAGUUGCUGCAAAAUUUGUAAAGGCCAUGACUUCUGCACUGAAGGCCACAGCUGCAUGGAGCACUCGGUGUGCCGCAACCUGGAGGACAGGGCUGUGUGCAGCUGCCGCGAGGGCUUCCGAGCCCUCCGCGAGGACAACGCCUACUGCGAAGAUAUUGAUGAGUGUGCCGAAGGGCGCCACUACUGCCGUGAGAACACCAUGUGUGUGAACACGCCGGGCUCCUUCAUGUGCAUCUGCAAAACCGGCUAUAUCCGCAUUGACGACUACUCGUGUACAGAGCAUGAUGAAUGUAUCACAAACCAGCACAACUGCGAUGAAAACGCUCUCUGUUUCAACACCGUGGGUGGGCACAACUGCGUCUGCAAGCCGGGCUACACGGGAAAUGGCACCGUGUGUAAAGCAUUUUGCAAAGAUGGGUGUAGGAAUGGAGGAGCCUGUAUUGCUUCCAAUGUAUGUGCCUGUCCCCAAGGCUUCACUGGGCCCAGCUGUGAAACUGACAUUGACGAGUGCUCGGAUGGCUUUGUUCAGUGUGACAGCCGUGCUAACUGCAUUAACCUGCCUGGCUGGUACCACUGCGAGUGCAGAGACGGCUACCACGACAAUGGGAUGUUCUCACCCAGCGGAGAGUCUUGUGAAGACAUUGAUGAAUGUGGAACUGGAAGGCAUAGCUGCGCCAACGACACCGUUUGCUUUAAUUUGGAUGGUGGCUAUGACUGUCGAUGUCCCCAUGGCAAGAACUGCACAGGAGACUGCAUCCAUGAUGACAAAAUCAAACACAAUGGUCAGAUUUGGGUGCUGGAGAAUGACAGAUGCUCUGUCUGCUCGUGUCAGAGUGGCUAUGUGAUGUGCCGGCGAAUGGUCUGCGACUGUGAGAAUCCCACCGUUGACCUGUUUUGCUGCCCCGAGUGUGACCCACGGCUCAGCAGCCAGUGCUUGCACCAAAGUGGAGAGCUUUCCUACAACAGCGGAGACACGUGGAUACAGAACUGUCAGCAGUGUCGCUGCUUGCAAGGAGAAGUUGAUUGUUGGCCCUUGUCAUGUCCGGAGGUGGAUUGUGAGUUCAGUGUCCUCCCAGAGAACGAGUGUUGCCCCCGCUGUGUCACUGACCCCUGCCAAGCGGACACCAUCCGUAACGACAUCACCAAAACCUGCCUGGACGAGACCAACGUCGUCCGCUUCACUGGAUCUUCCUGGAUUAAACACGGCACCGAGUGCACCCUUUGCCAGUGCAAGAAUGGCCACGUUUGUUGCUCAGUGGAUCCACAGUGCCUUCAGGAACUGUGACGCUAACGACCAGCUCUCACAAGCAGCAGUUUCUGGUUAAACAAAUUCCUUCACAGAAAAAAAAAAAAAAAAAAGAUCUUUAGACCAAAAAUUUUACAAAAUCAAAACUGAAAUUAGGUUGGUUUUGUCCAUCUAAAGUGCAGGAAUGUGAUGAACUCAGUGAGGAGUCAGAGUGAAACUCAUGGGACUCAAGAAAAUCUCAGAUGUGUAAACCUUUGUGUGAGGUCAGGCCCAACUUCUGGCUAUUUAUAUGUCCGAAAUCAUUAUGCAGAAUAUUAGGUUAGUGUAAAAUGACACACUGUAAUGAUGUACAUAACAAUGUCAAGAUCAAAAAUGAACUGGAAGUCUUUUUAAGCUUGAGGGUCCAACACUUGACCAGGUGCAGAGAUUUUUACCUGGUCAUAUUUGGAUCUGCGUAGAUGUGCUUGGUUGCUCACUGCAGAAAUUAGCAGACAUUUGAGUACAAGGAUGAGGCCUUCAGGAAUAAAGAACAUAGUGGCUAAGAUGUGUUAUGCACAGUAUGUGCUCUGAAAAAAAAAAGAUACAAGUUAUUGUAAAAAAUAAAAACACAAAAACAAAAACCGUGAUGCACAGGCAUGGCUUCUUAAUGUUUUCUGAUGGGAAAAGUCAUCAAUAUUUCCUUGUUUUACUGCACUUACUAUUAUUUCUUGAUUGAAUUUGU